AUGGGUUUAAAUAUCAAACCUGUUGUCAAGGUGACAGUUGCCGGGCAGACGAAGAGGACCCGAAUACGAAAAGGAAACAACCCCUAUUUUGAUGAGACAUUUUUCUUUAACUUCUUCGAAUCUCCAGCUGAUCUCUUUGAUGAACCUGUUUUCCUUACGAGGUUUUAGACUCCCGCUCCCUCAGGACAGACUCCGUUGUUGGAGAAUUUCGGAUGGAUGUCGGGAUGAUUUACGGAGAGCUAAAACACGCUUUCCUGAAAAAGUGGUUGUUACUGUCCGAUCCAGAGGACUUCUCUGCUGGGGCAAAAGGUUAUCUGAAGGUCAGCCUGUUUGUGCUGGGCCCUGGGGAUGAAUGUCCGGUGGAGAAGAAGGAAACUGUAGAAGACAAGGAAGAUAUUGAAGGGAACUUGUUGAGGCCGGCUGGGGUGGCCCUUCGUGGAGCUCACCUGACUCUCCGGGUGUUUCGUGCAGAGGAUCUGCCACAGAUGGAUGAUGCUGUCCUUGAUAACGUCAAGCAGAUCUUCGGCAUGGACAGUAACAAGAAGAACCUGGUAGACCCGUUUGUAGAAGUGGGUUUUGCAGGAAAAACUUUAUGCAGCAAGAUUCUGGAAAAGAACGCCAACCCUCAAUGGAGCCAGAGCAUCACGUUACCCAUACGGUUCCCGUCCAUGUGUGAGAAGAUGAGGAUUCGUCUUCUUGACUGGGACCGCCUGACCCACAAUGACAUUAUUGGAACCACUUACUUGAACAUGUCCAAGAUCUCAGCUCCUGGGGGGGGGAACUGGAAGAUGAGGCUCCGGGCUCAGCGACUGCAGUACUUAACAUUGAUGACAGUCUGGGUUUUCUUCCCACCUUUGGACCCUGCUAUGUGAACCUGUACGGCAGCCCCCGAGAGUUUACUGGCUUCCCGGAUCCCUAUGAAGAGCUCAAUAUGGGCAAGGGAGAAGGUGUAGCGUACCGUGGACGCAUCCUGCUGGAACUGGAAAGCAAGCUGGUAGAGCACACGGAGCAGAAAGUGGAGGACAUUUCUU